AAUGCGCAUGGGGGAUCGAAAAGUGAAUGGGGUAAUCACAGACGAAAUGAAUUCUCUUUCUCUCUUUUGUUUUCAGUUUUACUGACCGGUGGCAUUGUGGCUGUUGCAGGCAAGUUCAAAAUCUGGCCGAUCGCCGUUUACGCAAUAGUUGCGGGAGUGUUUGUUUGCUUUCUGGAGUAUCCCCGAGGGAAAAGGAAGAAAGGAUCGACUCUAGAGAGGUGGGGCCAGAAAUUUUUCACAGCUGCUGUGAAGACGUGUGGACCCUUAACUAGGAAUUAUUAUGUCCGGGCCAUUCUGCAUGCAUGCCUAGCAGUUCCUGCAGGGUAUAUGCUAUCCACGAUCCUUGGCGCCGUUUGUCUGGCUAUAGCGAGUGGCAUCUACUUACUGGCUGCCAUACGUGGCGAAGAGUGGCGCCCCAUUGAAUCGAGGCCUCAAGAGCGACUCCAAGUAGGAGCCACCAUUAAGCACCCCCCCAGCAACCCGCCACCCCGGCCCCCUGCAGAAGCUCGGAAGAAGCAAGAGGAGGGGGAGCCGACUGACCAAAAAGUUGAAGUGGUUGCUUAGGAAGCUCCCCCAUAUUUUGUUAAAGAUAGACUGCUGUCAUAGGGGGAGACUCCACUUCUGCUUGACCAAGGCACGGGAAUUGUCCUCCAGAAUCGAAACUCGGGCCAGAUGCUUCUCAGUCAGAAGGAUGGCCGUACCUGAACUUCUGCGAGCCCCUCGGGGGCUCUCUGUGGUCUUUUUCUUACCUUUCCUUGCUCCCUCCCUGUGAACGUUCGUAACAGGCAGGCCUUGCGUGCCAAGGCAGACCCAAUGCUGAUUUUAAGCCAGAAGGAAAUUAGCUUUAGGUAGGUGCAUUUAUAGCAGAUAUAACAUUCCUGAGGCUGGAUUUGAAUUUGAAGGAAAGAAAAGGUUUGAAACUUGCGACACUGACAUAAGGAGUCGUUCCAAGGCUUUUGCGGAUCACAUCCGACCCGGCCACUCCAGCAAAGUGCUCGGCUUCGUCUCUCCCACUAGGAAGGGAUCAAGUUGCUCCUAUUUCGGGGCAAAAGCACCCCUCCGCCUUUCCCUCCCCUCAGCCCCCUCUUCUCUCUCCCCUCUUCCUUCCCCCAGUCCAGCUUCUCUUGCACCCAGGUUGGCCAGCGAGACAGCGGGCCUUUUGGACCCCCUCUUCUCGUGGGUCUUAUCAGCCAACCAAUGGCCUCUGUUCCUUGGCCCCAAAGUUUUGCCCCAAACCCUCCUGAAGCUGGCGCCCACCGUUUUCCCUCGGCUCCUGCCCUUAUUCUCCUUUUAAGUCAUUCCUAGCUUCCCUUCCCCAUCUCAUCUCAACCCUGGGCAAUUCUUGGCAAUUUCUUACACUUUUCUCAUUUCCCAAGGCCGUCUGAUAGACCCUUUUGCUACAAAUCGUGUAGACAUCGUUUUUUAGUCCAAUAUUCUCACAAACAUCAUUUUUGAUUGCAUUUGGCUUUCCGCGUUUAUUGUAUUUUAUCUUGACUUCCAAAUCUCCCGCUUUGUUAAAUUCCUCAGUUUAACAUGUGGAGUCUAAUCUCCCCCUGCUUGUUUUGAACUAGCUUAGUUCUUCUUCAAUAAACCAACUACUGUUUUCA